AUCACCUCCAGUACCCCAGUGCCACAUUUUUUGUCAGGAAAAACUUAGAAAUCUUGGUGGAUAGGAAAGCCAUCACUCAAUUCUAAAUUUUGACAGGGUGAAGUAGAGUUUGAAUUCCUGUUUUACUUGAUCAGAUGAAAAAAAAUGAUGUAUUUGACUUAAAAUCAUUGAUCAAAGCUUGACAUCACUGAUGUGGAUCUCUGCAUGACAUAACGGGGUCAAUAAUGUUUUAUCUGUCGGCUGAUUGCACCCCCUUAUCAAAAACACUGGUAUUUUAGCAGCCAAACCAAACAAGAUUGCGUCGUUAUCUCUUGGCUAUCAAGAUGCCAUCACCCUGAUAACUUGAAAUAAAGUCAGUGGUCACAUGUCUCUGGAAUGAUUCAGUCAUGUACAUGUUUCAUCCGCGCCCUCAGUCCUAUGUCACCCCCGUUUUUCGACAAUUGAAUUUGUCGCCGGUGUAAUAUAGGGCCGAUUCAGUCAGAAUGGAAGUGUUGGAUCUUCGUAAAAGCUCCUCAAAAAGGCAGAUGGACGGUGAUCCUGACGAACUCGCCAAAGAAGUCAACCUCCCACCGGGCAUUCUUGUCCUCAAACAAAAUGGUGACCGAUCUAGCUUUAGCGUUUGUACCACCAUACCGUUACCAAAGGCCAGUAGCUUUGGCCCCUUCAAAAUCAGAGAGGUUGUGGGGGAAGGAGAAAAUGAUAAUAUUAUGACGUUUCCUGGACCAGGCAGUGAAGAGGUGACAGUUGCGAUCGAGACAGAAACAGGCUAUUGGUUACGAUUGGUUCACAUCGCAACCGACGAAAAACCGGAGGAGACAAAUGCGGUAAUCAAUAUUCAAGGUGAUCUAGUCUGCUGUGAAGUGACCAAAGAUAUUCCUCAGGAUACUGAAUUAGUUGCCAUGAUAACCAGGGAAGACAUAGGCCAAGACGAGGGGAGUGAAGAAGAAAUUGAUGUUGCCAUGGAAACGGUAAAUGAUGCUGUUGCUGGGAUACCUACUCCAGACGCGACCCCUGCUGUCCCUCAUCCUCUCAUCUUCGGGUGUCCUCACUGUGGUGUGAGAUUCAGCAGCCCACGGACCCUGCAAGGUCACAUCACAUAUUACUGUUCAAAGAGACCAGUAGAGACAUCUGGCAGUGAGGAGACCAACCAGAUAAGUCCUGGCGAACGGAAGAGAACAGCAUCAAUAGAUUCGAGAGAAGAAGAUGCUACUACUGUCAGAAAACGAUCACGGCAGCCAUCGUCGAGUUCCAGCCAUGAGCGGACGUCCCCCAUGGUGUCACCUGGUGGAUUCAGUAAGCAUUCCUUAUCAAGUCCGCCACUACCGGACACAGAGAAAAUCAAACGUGAGAGACGCCGAACAUAUUCCAACUCUUCUACAGAAGCUGGUUCAAGCGACACAACAAAGAAGAUGGGUUACAAAUGCCCUCAAUGUGCAUAUACAGCAGACAAAAAAAACAGUCUGCACAGCCAUAUGAGGAAUAUGCACAAGGCAUCAAAAGAUGAUGCCACAACUGGAGGGACGAAGAUUGAUGAUCUAGUGACUGCACCAGAUAUGUAUUGUGUGGAGUGUAAGAUCCAGUUUUCAUCGCGAAAGACUUAUCAGGGACACAAGGAGUUCUAUUGUGGUAAACGGCAAAAGCAAGCAAUUCCUGAAGACUUUGAUGACGUUGACAUUGGGAGGUCGGGGUCAUCUUCGGAUGGACAGUCACCAAAUGCUGUGCUGUCCCCUGCUAUGCCACCGGGACCUGUACUGAUUCCUCCAGGCUGUCAUUCCACCAAUGGACAGCCGGUAUCUGCAAUGACGUUACCUGGGUCGCUUGCGUCACAACCGACUGUCAUUUUUACCGGCCCGAUAAUGACCGCACCUGGGCCAGCAGGUCUUGCUUUGACUAUGCCAACAGUGAUCAUGCAGCCACUGUUUUUGCCAAGCUCACUCCAUGGGCACCAUGGGCUAACGUCUGCUCUUGGUAUCCCAGAUGAUAAACCACUCGAUUUAUCAGUUAAAAAGGACAGUCCUGGAACUAAAGUUGACAAUAGUAUGAUAUCGCAUUCUGACUCGCGGGAAAAUUCACCAUUGGAUGAUCAUGACACGCCAACGGACCUGUCAAUCAAGCGGUCACGCAAGGACGGGGAACCUACGGAACUGAGAGACACUGUAAACAAACCAUUGAGAAGUUCACAAUCCCCUGUCAACGAUGGUCACAUCGUAUCCAAUGCUCCGUGCACGCCUUCAGUGAUGGAGGUUGGAGCAGCGGGGACUGUCAACCUGCCACAAAACCUCAGCAUCUGUAGCGAGUGCAACAUCGUUUUCUAUAAACACGAGAAUUUCCUCAUCCAUAAACAAUUCUACUGUUCAGGACGGAAGACCAAGUUGCAAACAGUAGAGGAGCCAGAGUCACCAAGGAAGGCUUCAUCAUCUCACCACCUCAAUGAGAAUUCCAAGCUUGAACAGGGAAAGAGAAAGGUUUCAGAUAGCAGGAGCCCGCCAGCAGCCUGUUCACCUCCACUGAAUGAGCAUGUCCUUCAAUUUUCAUGCACGCCUUGCAAAAUUAAGUUCAGUUCUCUGAGCACUCUGGAGGCGCAUCAGAAGUAUUACUGUCCUUAUCGACCCCAGUUGCCAGAGCUGCGGCUACCGAGCUCUGGAACAGGGACCCCUGUGGAUGGACAAACAUCUGACGAGGAUUCUAACACUGCCAUGCCGCAUGUUUGUCAGAAAUGUGGCAAUGAAUACCCAACAGCAAGACUUUUAAAAGUACAUUUGUGCCAAAGUUCAAAUAAGCCAGGGAUAUGGAAUUUACUGCGUUGUAGUCAGUGCAGUUUCGUCACACAUAAAGAGAGUCAGUACAGCGAUCAUGUUCGCAAGCACAGCUCUGUUAAGGGAUUUAGGUGCUCCCUCUGUGGGUACAAGGGGAAUACUAUUCGAGGGAUGCGCAUGCAUGGAAAAAUGCAUGUGGACAAGGGGGAACCUUUUACAGAUGAUCAUAUGGUUGUUUUGGAUAGCGACGAGUCAAACUGUCAAGACGAUAUAUCAAAUCCAAUCAUCAGUAGCGAUAUAGAGUCAGAGAUUAUGCGUUUGAAAAACGAGCCAUACAAAAGGCGACGAUCACGUUAUAAACGACGGGUGGAAGAAAAUCACCGUGAUCAAAAUUUGAGCAGAGAAUUGCCAAAAACUGAUGCGCUGUUUGUUUGCGGAAUGUGUAAUGCUCCGUUCACAGAUUGCAAUGCCUUGGGGCAGCAUAUGCAGAAACAUUUAGAAGCAAGACCACACAAGUGUUCAUAUUGCGGGUAUUCUACGACUGUGCAAUCGCAUCUAGAAAAACACAUAAAACUUAUUCAUAAAGUAGAGGCAUCUUCUCAUGAAGAUACUGACAAUCCUGUGUGUACUCUUGAAGACAAUGCGAGACAAAACUGUGCUGUGAGUGUCAAAAAAGAAACUGAAUCAGAAUUAGACCAACGCCCAAAGGUUGAGAGUAGUUCUCCUCCUUCACCAUCUGAGAACAAAUCUGAAAUUGUUGCAUCAUUACUUCGAAAAAUCAAACAAGAACCUCGAGAAAUUAACACAAAAAGUGAGAAUGAUUGUGACCAAGAUGUACCAAAGCAAAAUGAAGUGACCCCGCCGGAUAAAGCACCACUUAGUCCUGGGAACCCACCAGAGUCUAACAGAGUCAAGGAAGGUACAUGUAAUAGCCCGAGCCCUGUGAUUGUUAACGGCUCGGGUAAACCUAAUUUCCGCUAUUGUAAUCAUUGUGAUAUUUCCUUUAUGUAUCUGUCUAGCUUUGUCGCGCAUAAGAAGUACUACUGUAAUGCAAGCAUUCGGGAAAAUCUGGCAUCGGAAAAUGAACUUGUAGUGGCAGAGGCCAAAUGAGAUGGCAUUCCCAGAAUGUACACUUUGCACUCUGGUUCCCAAUAGCAGAAUCUAUUCCUAAUAGUAGUUCUUAUUGGUGAUAGCAAAGCUUAUUCCUAAUAGCAACACUUUUCCAGUUGUAAUGAAUGAA